UGGUAAUCAGAUGAUUAUGUUGUCAUGCCUGCUGGAUCCACUUCAAAAAAUAUUUUGAUUAUGUGGUUUUAAAAAGACCAUUUUUAUAUUUAUAAGAAUUUUUUAUAUACAAAAAUGCCUUCGUUUUUCACUAUAAUGUUGUCGCUUCUCUACUCUACGAAAAUUGUAAUCGCUUUCGUAAUAUUCCUUAUAACGCUAUCGCUCGUCGGUCUACCGCUUGUAUUUUUCAUUCUACGCUGGAAAUUCAUAGCCGCGAAGCAGAGGAGGAAAUCGGAGAAGCAAAUCGUCGGCCUCUUCCACCCGUAUUGUAACGCGGGCGGCGGUGGCGAGAAAGUCCUGUGGGUGGGCUUGUUGAGCCUGCAACGCAAGUAUCCCGACUGUGAGUUCUACGUGUAUACCGGGGACGUCGAAGCGACGCCGCAAGAAAUCGUGGAGAAAGUCCAGAAGAAUCUGAACGUGACCCUCGAGAAAAACGUCAAGUUUAUUUAUUUGCACAAACGGAAAUGGCUGGAGGCGCGGAUGUACCCGUAUUUUACUUUGCUGUGCCAGAGUUUGGGAUCGUUAUAUUUGGGUUUCGAGGCGCUGAGCUUGUUAAAUCCAGAUAUUUUAAUCGACACGAUGGGGUACACUUUUACGCUACCGUUGUUUAAGUACGUCGGCGGAUGCAAGACGGGCUCUUACCUACACUAUCCGACAAUCACGACGGAUAUGCUGAAACGUGUGUCGAAUCGUGUCGCGAUGUAUAAUAAUCGCAACGCUAUAGCCCGCAGCCCGUUUCUGACGGCUGGCAAGUUGUUCUACUAUCGGAUUUUCGCAGCGCUGUAUUCCUGGGCGGGACAGAGCUCCGACGUAACCCUGGUGAAUUCGACGUUUACCCUCGAACAUCUGAAUAACAUCUGGUCGCAGCCGCUGCACCUGGUUUAUCCGCCUUGCGAAGUCGAUCACCUCAAGAAAAUCCAACGCGGCAACAAACACCUGCAAAAGAUCCGCAUACUGUCACUGGCACAAUUUAGGCCGGAGAAAGACCAUCCCCUCCAGUUACAGGCGCUGUACGAACUACGCGAAAUUAUACCGGAGGAUCUCUUCGCGAACGUCAUACUGGUAAUGUGCGGCAGCUGUCGUAACGAGGACGAUAGGAUGCGCGUCAAGGACCUGCAAGAUUUGAGCAAGCACCUGAGCUUGGAGAAUAACGUCGAGUUUCGCGUGAACAUAACCUACGAGGAGCUGAUGGAGGAGUUCGCGAACGCGUACCUCGGCAUACACACGAUGCUCGACGAGCAUUUCGGUAUAGGGGUCGUCGAACUGAUGGCGGCCGGAUUGUUGACGGUCGCGCAUAAAUCCGGAGGCCCCCUGCUCGACAUCAUAGAAACUUCGGAGGGGUCGCGUCUCGGAUUUCUCGCGACUACGGCCGACGAGUACGCGCAUGUCAUUAGAUACAUUUUGUAUAUGAGCGAGGCGGAAGUUUCGGGCGUGCGGGAGAGAGCGAGGGCGUCCGUCGAUCGAUUUUCUACUAAGAAGUUCCAGGAUGAGUUUUUAAGAGCGAUCGAACCAUUAUUUAAGUAAUUGUAAUUAGGUAAUCUUCUUAUAAAUAAAAUAAAAUGUGUCGAUACCAA